AUGCUACUGCCCUCCCUCGACGCACUCUCAGGUCGAAAACGGCGCAUGCGUACAGCGAUCCGACCACCGUUUCUCUUUCACAUUUACAACGAAAUAAAGAAACAUGCAUCGUUCGAUCGGAUAUUUCUGGAGUUUGGACGAGUGCGCUAUGCUCGCGGUGCUCAACUUUUGUCGAGUAAUUUUAUUUUCGACGAAAACUAUGAAAUGACCAACAAAAUGGUUGUUCGAACAGAUAAGAUUUUGCGGCAUGGUCUUUUUCUGACUACACCGUUUUCGUUCUAUUCAAAUCAGAGCAUCGAUCCAGUGGCGCAUAAAUACGGCUUGCGCAUUUGUGCCUUCAAUAAUUCGCUAGUGAAAAAUCCAUUUACUGAGAACUGGAACCAGUUUGCGCAGCGCUCUCAACGGAAUCACGAUGAAAUUAACGACGAUUUCAAUGACGUUGAUGUAAGUACGAUGCUUCAUUUGAGCGCAAUUCAGUUUGAGCCGGGAGGGUCGGUGCAAAAUGCAGUGACCGAUGAGAAGAGACAAAUAACUCGGAUCGCCUUCAUCGUUGCACCGUCUAUUCUGAUCGUUUUAAUGGUCAGUUGA